ACGGAGGCGGUAACUUGCGCUGCCUGCUGAGACGAAGGACGAAGCUGUCAGUGGUGCCCAGAGCGUCGCACGGCCAGCUGCUCAACCUGGGUUUGGAGGUCGGCAGUGUCUUUUAAACGUCUUUGCGCAAAAUGCUGAGCGCGGUUAGCUGGUGCAAAUAGCGAAAUAAAAGUAAGUGGCAAAAGUGCAAGUUAACGUAGUUCAGUCAGCGGCUUGUUACUUCACCGCACGCACGCACCGUUUGAGGAAGGUGAACGGUAGGUACUUAUCGGUAUCAAGGAGACGUUAGAUAGCGGGGUCGGGUUGGAGUGAAGAGAGGAGCCGGUCGAGAGGCUGAACAGAGACUGGAACCACCCGAGAAGAAAGUAGGAGCGACAGUUUACACCGGCGGAAGAGAAGAGGAUAUCAGAAGAAAGCGAGGAUCAAAGCGGCAUGGUCACCACAAAGGGAGCAGGUCUGAAUCCCAAUGCCAAAGUGUGGCAGGAGAUCCCUGCCCACCAGAAUGACAUCCCAGGGGGUACAGAGGGAUCCCCUUGGCUUCAGACCUCCCCUUCUUCUGCUGACAUGACUGAAGGUUACUCAGAGGCUCCCUCCUCUGGGAGUAAGGGCUACAGCACGGAGUAUCCAGACAGCACUGAUGGCUGUAUCCCUGUACCCACAGAGGGCAUCAUGAAUUGCAUUCAACACCCUGAGUUGGGGUGCUCUGUCUUUGAACCACUAAGUGGGCCAGCGAUAGAUUGUGAGAUGUCUAAGAAGCAGCCACUGUCUGAGGAGAACCUGAGAGAGUCUUUGAAGAAACAACUGGAGUUCUGCUUUUCCAGAGAAAACCUUUCUAAGGACCUAUACCUGAUAUCUCAGAUGGACUGUGAUCAGUUUGUACCCAUCUGGACCAUAGCAUGCAUGGAAGAUAUUAAAACCCUCACUACAGAUGUGGACCUCAUUCUGGACGUUUUGCGAGCCUCUCCCAUGGUGCAAGUUGAUGAGACAGGGGAAAAGGUUCGGCCAAAUCACAAACGGUGCACCAUUAUUCUGCGAGAGGUGCCAGAGACAACACCAGUUGAGGAAGUGGAAGCUCUAUUUAAGAGUGAAAACUGUCCAAAGGUGAUAAGUGUUGAAUUUGCACACAACAGCAACUGGUACAUAACAUUCCAGUCGGAUAUGGAUGCACAACAGGCUUACAAAUACCUAAGAGAAGAAGUAAAAAUGUUUCAGGGGAAACCAAUCAUGGCUCGUAUUAAGGCUAUUAAUACAUUCUUUGCCAAGAAUGGCUACCGCAGUGUGGACUCCAGCGUGUACAAUCAGCAUUCCCAGGCACAGCCCCAGUAUGGCUCCCCCCUCUACAUGCAGCAGGUGUACAGCCCACAGCAGCAGUACCCUGUUUACCCACUGGUGCCACCCUCUUGGAACCCUUCGCUUAUGCCUUACUUUGAGACGCCACUGGCACCAUUCCCCAACAGUGGAUUUGUGAAUAGUUACAGCAGUCCUGGGACGUACAAAGCAGGUUCAAGCCCCAUGAACCUUGGACGACCCUUCAGUAGGAGCCGAAACCAUGUGAAGAGCCACCCCAGACCUGGUGAUGUGCCAUCUUCUCCCUCUGGGGCCCCUGGGGCUCUGAUGGAUGGACUGUCUGGUCACUCGAGUCCUCAGCCCCCCCAGACAUCAGUGCCUCUGAUUGGCACCACCUCUGAGCCAGUCACAACCCCCUCGUUUACCCUCAAAGACUCCAUCCCACAGGCCAACAUACCCAAUGGAGAUCUGAGUGUGGCUGGACGUGGCAGGAGAGGCAGCUACAGAGGUAUGAGAAGGAGGAGAGAGGAUGAGCGUACAACGAGGCCCAUCCCUCUGACUGAGAUCAAGGUACCACCUCCACCAAAGUUUGACCUGGCAACAUCCAACUUUCCCCCACUGCCUGGGAGUGUGGUCAGUACACAGGGAGAACCUGUGCCCGAGAUGCGCCUUUCUGAUGUGGUGCGUGGCCUGAAGGUGAUCGACAAGUCUGUGAACAAAGAAGUUAAUGAGACCCGCGCCACAAAUGUCACAGAAGCACCUAUGACCACGCCUUCUUCUGUGACCACAGCUGCUAAACCUACGUCCAUAACACCACUAAUAGUGCCACCAGCUUCAAGUGUUUCUCAUCAGGUAAAGACAGUGGAUAAACCGGAGCCUUCUGUUCCAAAGGAGAUAAUUUCCUCAUCAACGCAAGCUGUGUCCUCCCCAGCUACAGAAUCUGCCCCCAACACCAAAACCAUUUGCAGCCAGACUGUUUCUACAGCAGCACCUACCGUGCUGACCCCAGCUGUCACCUCAGGACCGGAGCCAAGGAAACUCAGCUAUGCAGAGGUUUGCCAGCGACCAGCAAAGGACCCACCUCCAGCUCCGAUACCCUCUCCCACCCCACCUGCCUCCUCAGCCAGCCAGCCUCUACGAGAGCUCAGGGUCAACAAGGUCGAGGAGCCUGUGACCUCCUCCAACCACACUAUUGACAGACCAGCUAAACCUGGGGACAGUAGGCCCCCUCGUGAGCCCCUCGGCUCCUACCGUGGGGGAAACGGCCCAGCCAGAGCUGGAGGUGGAGGUGCAGGGCUUAAGGUCCGGGAGCAUCAGAGAGGCCCGACUGCUGGCCAGCGGUUUUCCCCACAGCGGGCAGCCAGACGCAGUGGCAAGGAACAGAACAUUCCUCCAAGAUCACCAAAAUAGUUCAAGAACAAUGGACAUUAAGACUGUGAACUAACACAGAAAAAUACACAAAUAUCUAUGUAAGUAUAUAUGUAUAUAAAGAGAUGAAUAUAUAAAUAUAUAUAUUAUUGGACACAAGUUUUAACAGACCCUCCUUAAGCUGUCCCCACACCUGGCCAGCUUUUGGAAUGACUGCAAGUGGAAAUAAUUUUUAGGAAGAAGUGGGAGCUCACAGACUCCUGCCACAUAAUUACAGGGUGGGGAGAACUCGACGGACACUUGAUGCUUAGAAGUAACAUCAAGAUUUGUCAGAAAGACAGCUCCAUCAACAUGCUAAAGCUAUGUAACUUCAAUUGAUGUGUGUCUGAGGUGUGCAUUUUGGCUUGGGAGAACAAAUGUGUACUUUAUUGCCUUGUAUCUUUGUACAGUUGAAAAUACCGUAGUUUAGCAUCUAGCAAGGCUUGUCAGUAUGCAACAUGACAAGGGACAUUUGUAUUUUCAGAAUUGGAUAUCAUUUUUAUUGAAUGUGAUUAAUUCAGAUUUUUCCAUCCAGUUUGUUUUUCAUUGAAACCAGGGACACAAUUAUUUAUGAACUGGAAGACAGGCCAUGGCAGAAUGGUGGAAACAGUGGAGUCUUUGAUUUUAACUACAGGAUGAACUUUCAACUUUAAGCAUUAAUGGUACAGUGAAGAAAUUUAAAAUGACACUGGUGAGCAGUAAAUCAUAUGGAAUGAGCUCACCACAUUAUAUAAUCAUCAUAAUCCUUGUUUCUUUUUUUGCGUUAGGUUGUGUGGUGUAUAAAUCAGAUGGAUACUGCUAAGAUUCUCUUCUCUAAGCUCUGUCUGGAUGGCAGUGGUAUUACUAGAGGUCUCAUAAUGCAGUUUAUUCUGAAACAGUUCAGCAGUUUUAAUCCCAUACAGAUCAGCAUUCUUUGUUAUUAUGAAGUGGACAUCCCUGUGGGGAAAAUAGUAGUUGCUGUUAUUUCUUGCUGCAUCUUGAUCAGUUGCUAUGGAAUUCAUAACGUACAAAUACGUUGGUAAACAUAUUUGUGAAUAUGAAAGCAAAGCUACACCCCCUCAAUAGUUUUGAGGAUUAAUAAAAUACAUAAUGCUGUCCAGAUAGUUCAGGAAAGUCACUGAUGCGCAAGGCACUAAAUUGCAUGACUAACAUUGCUCUGCAAUAUUAAUUCCCACUUGGAUGGGACUGUAGUUUCAUAUGGUCUUUUGACCUUUUUCAGAAAUCAUUGCAUUUCUACUUAUUCCAUUUUGUUGAUGGUUGGUUUUUCUGAAUAGUUGAACUUUUUUGAGUUCUCCACUGAUAAAUGUUCUCUGGAAUUGUCUGUGGAUUACUUGUUUAUUUGUCAUCGGGUAUUUGCUUAUCUGUCCUAUUGAUUAAUGGGGAAGACAAAAGGUAAUCGCAAAUGCAAGGAAACCUUGUGGCCACAGGUUUGAGGUGGCAGUAGCAGGGCUACAGAGAUGAACAUUGUGACAUGCUGUAUUUAUAAUUUAUCAUUUGUGGUUUAGACAAAAAUAUAUCCUGUUUUAUUAUUUUUAGCAUUCUAGUGGUUGAGUCUAGAUGUGACAUUGUCAUUUGAUGAGCAUUUCCCACAUUAUUUGUCGCCAUCCCCUCCAGUUAUUAUCUCAUAAGCUAUGAUCAUCAUCAUUGGUGUCCACUUUUUUAAGCUUGCACACAGUUUAGGUCUAAUUAUGAUCAAGAAUAAUGGAAGGAAAACUUUUAAGUUUUGUUUUUAAUCCGUGUUAAAAUAUGUUAUGUCUGCUCAUAAAUUGUGAUUUCCAGACCAUAGACUAUAUACCUUAAAUCGGUAGUUCUCAAUUUUUUUGGCUUGUGACCCCUUAAGACAAUCCAAUGCCUGCUCACAACCCCCAGUCAAGGGCUGCAUCUGCAGAGAGGUGAACAGUCCACUUCAAGAAUGACCACCUGUUCAGGCUGUUUAUUUGCUUGCUUAUCAGAGGAUGCAGUGUAGUGUAAAAAUACACAGUAUUUCACAAGAAAAAAAAAAAGAUUCAUAUGAAAAAAAUGUUCAUAAUCAUUUUUCAUAAAACUGAUUUUUUUUUUUCUUUCGCUUGUGUCUUAAUGAUCAUGUUACCCGCCCAGCAAAUUAUCUCACAAUCCACUGGUGGGUGUGAACUGGAGUCCCUUACCACUGCUGCUGUUAGGGGCUCUCUACCUGUUGAGUGAACAUCACAAAUGGUAGUUUGAAUCAGCUUAUUUGCAUGCAAAGAAGUCUAUCUAUAGAUGAGACAGGACUGGGAUUGACAAGUUUAAAGGUUAUGACAGAUGGUUACUUUUUAGCAGUGAAGGUACAGCAUAUUACAGUUCUGUUUUUAUUGGAUGUUCACAUGGGCACAGAAGGAAGCUCAGAAGGCAAAGGGAGCAACCAGAAUGGAGCAAAGUGUGUUUGACUUCAUUUGAGGAUGGACCAACCUUUGUAAAUGUAUUGUCACCAGCAGUAUCCUGUUGCAAGGGCAAGGCCCUUUUGUCACAUUUUGAUUUGAUUGAAACUCUGAAUUGUCAGCUACUGUUUUGGUUUUCAUAGAGUUGAGGUGUCACUUUAAAUGUCAGCUGUUCCGUCAUUGAUAUUCAGCCUCUAUUGUCUCUUUUCCUCCAACACGGUGCUAGAACGAGUUCCAUGCGUUUCCUCUGAAAAAAAAUCUUGGUGCCAGUGUCAAAAAGCUGGCACCAUAAAAUUGCUGGUCCAAACAUCCACAUGGAUGGAAGGGGCUACCGCAACAGAUUCCCUAGAUGUGAGGUCCACUUCGCCACCAUAUUGAUAAAACAUGAGCAAAAGCAGCAGCCUUCUCGACGAUCAAAAGACGAGCCAGCCGUGGUCUGUGGAAGAAAUGAAUGCUUUGUUGGUACUCCGGGCCUCCACAGAAAAUCUACCCAACUUGCGCUUCUUAAUGUUUGGUUCUGAAACCUGUCGAAAUGGGGGCUGGUUCUCAAAAGGCACCAAGGCAGAAAUGGGUCCACAUGGCACAGGCCUAGUGGAAAAGAGAUAUGUGAACUGUUAAAACACAAUCUUAACCAAAAGUAAAACAUGACUGACAACCUGAGGGAUGUCAGGUGCAGAUUUUUUUUUUCCUCUCUCUCUCUAGAAAUUUGUUUCCUUUGGAACCAAAUAGGUGCUACACCCAGUGGUUCCCCUCAAUUUGGUGACUGUUUACCUUCCCUUUUGAUUGGACACCAGAGGCUUCAGAUUAAUGUAAUCCUCUAUGGGACAGAAUCACACUUGAGGCUGAUAUUGAAUGUUGUUAUAGUAUUCUUUUCAUUAACACAAUGUUUAUUUUUGAUGGAUUAAGUGUAUUGUCUAAUUUUCCUGCUGUAGUGCAUUGUUUUAAGAGCUUAUUAGCAUAUAUGAAAAAUGUUAUCUUUUAUUUCAAAGUGUUUUCUUUUUGUGUGCCCGUAAUCUUUGUAAAAAGAGGGAUGCAUAUUGAUCUGAGAAAUGAUGUUUGGUCAUCUACUCAUGGCUUCAAAAAAGAAGAAAAAAAACAUGGUUGUGAAUUGAAAUGCACUAACAUUUAAUUUCAAGGAUCUUAAUCAUUGUGGAAGUUGAAAGACAUUUUCAAUCACAAACGGAAAGGUGGGUUUGCUGAGCUUGUAUUACUGUAUCUUUCAUUUUAUUUUUUCAUGUCUUCUGAAUAUAUUGUCUGUUGUGCAGGAGGAAAUGAGCAAAGUGACAUGAGUGACAUGUUCAGGAUACAGAAUCAGAUUUUUGGGGUGGGUGUAAUUGAACUUUUUUUUUUUUUUUUUUUUUUGCCUUAGCUUAGUGUUUUGAGUCUUGUGCUCACAGGGACUUUGCUGUGUAUGUUUUGCGCCAUGUGCUCAGUGGUUCAGUUGUCUUUUACUGGUCCUGUGUGUAUUGUAUGAGUGUGCAAAUGUAUGCACAAGAGAGAAUGACAUUGUUUCUGUUGAUUCUCCCUCAAAGAGUCCAUGAAAAUAUUAGGCCAAACCAAAAUUACAGUGCCUUAUCACAGUGUUGAACUUCAAUGUAAAAAAGUGAAAGAAUACUCCACGCAUUAUCUCAUUGUCACACUGACCAAGCCUGGGUUGCUGGCUCUGAACCUACAGCAUGAUCACUUUGUGACACCCUUAACACUAAACCCCAGUCCCUGCUCUAGAUCUUGGAGGUUUAUUCUUGGUGUAACUGUGAGGCUGUGCUUGUUUGGGUGGAGAUGUAUGCGUGUGUGUGGGUGUGUAUGUGUUUGCGUGUAUGCACGCAUGUCUCGUCAUCUGUGUAUAAUACAUGAUGUUAGCUUGCCAAUGCAAUUUCAAAUCUAUGAUAUCAGAAACCUGCUUAUAAUUAUGAAUAUCAAACCUGGGAUUAUGAUGUCGGCAAAGUACACACUGGUUUAUUGUUUAGUGAAUAUUGUAUCACUGAGCCUGAUAUAUGAAAAUAAAGUUUUAUUUUUAAACA